CGAUCGCUCCGUAGUCCGUAGUACGUGGCUAGCGAGUAGUCAGAAUGGGUUCUGGUGGUGGGAUGGCCGUCUCUCGUGGAUUGCCUUGUGUCCUGCUCCUGCUGGAUUGUUGCUGGCUGUGCGAAGCCGGUGCGGGGUUGGCCCCGGCGCUAUACGUGCUCGGCGAUUCGCAGGCGGACGCCGGGACCAACAACCACCUGCCGACGGUGCUCAGGGCGGACCUCCCGCACAACGGCGUCGACUACCCGGGGUGCAAGCCCACCGGCAGAUUCAGCAAUGGCAAGAACUUCGUCGACUUCGUCGCUGAACAUCUGAAGCUGCCCAGCAGCCCUCCUCCGUACCUGUCCAUCUGCAACACCCCAAGCAGCAAUUCCAUAUAUCUGAGCGGGGUCAACUUCGCUUCAGGAGGUGCAGGAGUAUCAAAUCAAACAAACAAGGGUGAGUGCAUCAGCUUCGACUACCAAAUCGAUCGCCAAUUCUCCAAGGUGCAUGAAUCACUGGUGCAGCAGCUCGGCCAGUCUCAGGCAUCGGCGCACCUGAGCAGAUCGAUCUUCACCGUUGCCAUCGGUGGCAACGACAUACUCAACUACGUCCGUCCAAGCCUUGUGAACCAGGUGCUAAGCCCUUGUCCUCCAACUCAGUCUCCUGAUGAGUUCGUUGCCUCGUUGGCUCUGUCACUGAAAGACCAGCUGCAGAGGCUGUACAAACUCGGGAUGCGCAGGCUGUUCAUCAUCGGAGCAGCGCCACUGGGGUGCUGCCCGGUGCUGCGUGGGAAGGUGGCGUGCGACGGAGUAGCGAACUACAUGUCAUCUCAGUACAACAUCGCGGUGGCUUCCCUACUGCGGAACAUGAGCGACAAGUACCCGGAUAUGCUCUACUCCUUGUUCGACCCAUCCACUGCAUUGCUCGACUACAUCCGGCAGCCAGAAGCAAACGGUUAUGCUGUGGUGGAUGCGGCGUGCUGCGGGCUAGGGGAGAAAAAUGCCAUGUUUAGUUGCACUCCGGCCAGCUCCCUCUGCAAAGACCGGACCAACCACAUUUUCUGGGACUUUGUGCAUCCCACGGAGAUCACCGCACAGAAGCUCACGGAAGUUGCCUUCCACGGCUCAGCGCCCUUGGUGACACCAAGAAAUGUUCGGCAGCUUUGUGACACUGCCAUGUAGGCAAAGUUAUGCCUAUUGUGCAGUCAUUGUUGUUUUGUGACACAUGUUGGGCAUUUUCUAUAACUGCAUUUUCAUAACUGCAUGCUCUUAAGAUUUUCAUAUGUUUUGUGACACAUGCCCCAUAUUUUUGUCGUGUGCUACUUCGUGUGGGUGGGUUGAACUUAUGUUAGUUGUUGUGCUCUGGCGGUUUGCUUUAUAGAUAAAGUGAGGCAAAAACCUUUUUCGGUAAA